AACAAAUAUAGCGUAGAAUCGUUUUAAGAUUGUAAUUGGAGUAGUCGGCGUGCUAUAAAAGUUCAAAGCCAACCGGAGAAGCUGUCAUCGUGUAAGAAAAGCCGGAGAUUUUGGGCAUCGAAAAUGGACACAAUCGAAAACCAAUGCGAAGCUCCAGCUAUCAAAGCUUUGGGUUCUCUCUUUAAGCUCACUCAAGUUCACUUAUGGGAUUAUGGCUCUAAGGAGACUCGGGAAUUUUCUUUCUUAUUAUCCGACACCACUAAAUCAUGUACAAAAAAUGAUAAGAACUGCUCAAGCAUUUCUCAUGGGAGCUGUGAUUUCAGUACUUCAGUAGAGGAUAUUGAAUUGGCUAAAGAAAUGGAUGCUUUGGGGCUUCCCCUUUCCUUCCACACCAACAAGCAGACAAGUAGUAAAAUGACUGUUAGCAGAAAGAAGGGUACACGUCCAAAGCAUUCUAAUCGUCAUAAAGAUAUUGAAGAAGUGAUGGAAUUUUCCAAAGUGAGUGAGAUGGAGAUUGAAUCUCCUAUUUUUCAUGAUAACUCGAGCAGUUCUUUUUGUGAAUCAUCUUAUCAUGAUGUUGCAGUGGGUGUUGAUGGAUCCCUAUGCCUUGGUCAUAAGCAAGAAGAUUCAACAAGCUUGGUUGGGAUGGAACAAAAUAACGAUGGGAUUUCUGACCUUGUGACUAAUGAUGCUUGGGAAUGUAACUUGGCACGGCAGAGUGAUGUUGUGUCUAAGGAUGAUGAUAUAAAUAUGGUGAGCUCAACUAGUUUAGGUGCUGAACUUUUACAAGAAUAUUGCUUAAUGGAACCAGGUAUCAAUCAUUGUAAUAACAAAGAAGAUGGAAGCUCGAUGGAGCACGAAAAGGUUGAGAAGGUUUGUACUUGUAAUGGCACUCAGCAGCUACUUGUUCCCAAGUCAUUUUCUACAAAUUCAGAAGGGCUUGAUUCUGAUUGUAAUGACCAUACAUAUGGUGGGGAUUUUGGUGAUUGGAGGGUGUAUUGGGACUCUUUCUACUCGAGGAACUACUUUUAUAAUAUCAAAACUCAAGCUUCCAUGUGGGAUCCACCCCCGGGAAUGGAAAAUCUAGUUUUUGCUAACCUUGAUAAUAAGUCAGAUGAAAUGGCUAUUGACUCCAUUGAGAAAUCCGUACAUGAUGGUGGAUUAGAGAAGCUGUUAUCUGAUGAGCUUUCAAACGGGACCGAACUUGCUGCUGCUUCUAAUUUGACAAUACCUUCUGUAAGCAAGAGUUUUGAGCUUGCUGGUGAACAUUGUGAGACUAGUGACUUUUGUGAUGGUGAACUUACAUCAGAAUUAAUAUCAGAUGUCCAGGACAAUCUUGAAAGUGUGACCAAGACACCCACUGAAACAAUAUCUGAUGCUGACAAAAUUGUUCUAGAGACUGUUGCUUUAGCAAAAGGUCAGGUGGAUACUGAGCUUGAGGCUGUGACUAGGAAAGGGAAAAAGAAAACAAGAAAACGAUCUCAGAGGAAGUUAUCUCGGGAUGAUGAAGAACUUCAAUUUCAAGGAAUGUCCGAGGAGCAUUCCGCCAUUAUAGGUAAAUAUUGGUGUCAGAGAUACCUACUAUUCUCCAGAUUUGAUGAUGGUAUUAAAAUGGACGAGGAAGGGUGGUUUUCUGUAACUCCAGAGUCUAUAGCUAGGCAUCAUGCAUCCCGUUGCGGGAGUGGCAUUGUAGUCGACUCUUUUACUGGAGUUGGUGGGAACGCCAUUCAAUUGGCCCAGAGGAGUGCACAUGUUAUUGCUAUUGACAUUGAUCCAAAGAAGAUAGAUUAUGCAUAUCAGAAUGCAACUGUCUAUGGCGUCAAUGACCAAAUAGACUUUGUAACCGGAGAUUUUUUCACUAUAGCACCUAAAUUGAAGGCAGACACUGUCUUCUUAUCUCCUCCUUGGGGAGGUCCUGAUUACGCUAAAGUAGAGAUAUAUGACCUGAAGACAAUGCUGAAGCCACAUGACGGAUAUUUCCUGUUUAACGUUGCGAAGAAAAUUUCCUGCAGAAUUGUCAUGUUUCUCCCUAGAAAUGUAGAUCUCAACCAAUUGGCUGAAUUGUCCCUGUCUGCACAGCCUCCUUGGUCAUUAGAGGUUGAGAAAAACUUUUUGAAUGGCAAGUUGAAGGGGAUAACUGCUUACUUCACGGAUACGGCAUUUGAAGGCAUUUGAAGGACAAUAAAAUCAGCAGCUAUCUUUUUAAGUGACGAAGGAGACUGAGGACAGUCUUUUAUGGAUCAUAAGCUUGUUGAUUCCCUUCACCUCGACCCCAAUUUUGAUUACGUCGAUAUUGGAAGUAAUGCUAGUGCUUUGAUAUUCUCUCUACAAAAACGAAAAACGUAACUCACCAACAAUGUAGGGCACCAAGUUAGUCGCCUUAUGACUUACACAGCUGUAUAUUUAUGUCAACCAAGGAAUAGGUAUAGGGUGAUGUAUAGAGACUAUAUGCCUUGGACAACAUCGGAAAGCUGACAAUCUUGUGUCGACCAUUCUGUCUUAGUUAUCUGAUUUAUGAUUAGGCUAGGAUAUUUUCAUCUCUUUAUGCCGGUUCUAACAACCGGCCAUCCUCGUCCGUCAUGUCUUCAGCCACUUUUAGGGCACACGGUGUUGUACUGAGAGCCGAAAAUCGUGUAUACGGUACUCCAAUACAUUAAGGUAAGUGGUUUUGAUGCAAAGUCAGAA